AUGGAAGUACGGCGUCCGGAUCAAGAACAAAAGGACCAGAAAAUCACACUGCCCAUCCACAACAACGACAUGAACACGGAGUCCUUCCCAUCUGGCACAUCCGCUACGGCCGGGCUGUUUCUCGAAAUUGACCUAACUAUCAAGACUGCCACUCUACAGCGCCGACUGUGGGAUUAUGCAGAGAUCGUGUACUCCCCAUUAGGGUAG